AUGGCAAGGUUCUUCCUCAUUAUGGCAUUAGCCAUGGCUCUGGCCACCACUCUUGCCUUCGCAACGACUGAUACAAAUGAAGAAACUCUGACCACGACUUCGUCUUCUGACGAAGUCUCUUCAGAAGAUGAAUCAUCCCCCGUUAGAGGCAUGAGCCGUAUCCUCGCCCGGUACAAGCCGAGAGCCACCAUGACAUGCGACAGGUAUCCCAGGAUUUGCCGUGAUAAGGAAAGCUCUGGCCCGGACUGCUGCAAGAAGAAGUGUGUGAACGUGAUGAAGGACAACCUCAAUUGCGGGCAAUGCGGGCUGAGGUGCCGUUAUGGGACAACAUGCUGUGGCGGAAGAUGCGUUUAUGUGAUGUUCGACCACAGCAACUGCGGGAGUUGCAAGAAUAGAUGCAAGAAGGGAAGCUUCUGCUCAUAUGGGAUGUGCAACUAUGCUUAA